AUGUCUUCAAAAGAAUUCGUUUUUAUUGAAGUAAAUGCAAAGCAACCACAAACCACGCCAACGGGUCCACCUGAUGAUCUCGUUAUUGAAUUUCCUCCCACCUUUGACCUAUACGAAUUAGGCGCAAAAGUUAGAAAUGGUAAAGGAAAAGAUACGAGAAAACCACCAAACGCAUUUAUCCUCUUCCGAAAGAAAUAUCUUGACGCUUUACAUCGUCGUGGUCAAAGAAUACCAAUGAAGCGUGUUUCAGGUUGGGCAAGAGAUGCCUGGAAUUUAUUACCUCAUACUCAAAAAGUUGAAUAUGAAAAUAUCGCUACGAGAGCCGCUUCACUUUAUCAAGAAUGGGCACCCCAUACCCCCACUCGUAGAUCUCAUUUAAAUCGUCCUACAAAAUCUUUAAAACGUAGCAACCAUAGUAAAACAAAUCAUCCUGAAACACCUACGACAACCACCAUUAGUAAUAUUAGUUCUCCUAUCACUACCACCAUAUCCAAUACCACUGCUACCAUUCAAGAAUCGACAUUUAUAGAUUCCUCCAUUCCCCCAUCGUUAGAUUCGCCACGAUCUUCCGCAGACGAGUCCGCAGACGAAUCUGAAUUGAAAUCUCCGGAAUGUAUUUCACAAGAAUCAUAUGAUACUGAUACAACCGUUGUUGUCUCUCGGAAUUAUAAAUCCGGAUGA